UCGCGCCUCUCUCUUUGUGGCUGCAGAAAGAAGAUGGCUCCCGUUCUGGAGAAGAAGCUCCUGGGCGCAGCCGGGGCAGGCGACAAUAUGGAAAAUAGCAACGAAGACGAGGAAGGACAAAACCUAUGGACUUCAAUUCUCAGUGAGGUUUCAACACGUUCAAGUUCUAAGUUGCCAUCUGGGAAGAACAUAUUGGUGUUUGGUGAGGAUGGGUCAGGAAAGACAACGAUUAUGGCAAAACUCCAAGGAGCAGAGCACAAUAAGAAAGGAAGAGGCCUGGAGUAUCUGUAUCUGAAUGUCCACGAUGAGGACAUAGAUGACCUUACACGCUGUAACGUGUGGAUCCUGGAUGGGGAUUUAUAUCACAAAGGCCUGCUAAAGUUUGCAGUGACAGCAGAGUCGCUGAACGACAGCUUGGCAGUGUUUGUGGCAGACAUGUCAAGACCCUGGACCAUCAUGGAGUCGCUCCAGAAGUGGGCCAGCGUGCUGCGUGAUCAUGUGGAUAAGCUCAAGAUCCCGCCGGAGGAGAUGAGAGAGAUGGAGCAGAGGAUGGUGAAGGCCUUCCAGGAGUACACAGAGCCGGAGGGAGCCGACCCAGCCUCUCCCCAGAGACGGGCUCCCCCUGCAGGGGGGGAAGACGAGGGCGUGGUGCUACCACUCGGGGAAAACGUACUCACACACAACUUGGGCAUUCCAGUGCUAAUAGUUUGCACAAAGUGUGAUGCAGUCAGUGUUUUAGAGAAGGAGCACGACUUCAGAGAGGAGCACUUCGACUUCAUCCAGUCCCACAUCCGAAGAUUCUGCUUACAGUAUGGAGCUGCCUUGAUUUACACAUCCGUCAAAGAGGAGAAGAACCUGGACCACCUCUAUAAAUACAUAGUGCACAAAAUAUACGACUUCCAUUUCACCACGCCUGCCUUAGUGGUGGAGAAGGAUGCUAUUUUAAUUCCAUCUGGAUGGGACAAUGAGAAGAAGAUUGCAAUUUUGCAUGAAAAUUUCACAACGGUGAGACCUGAAGACCCCUUUGAAGACUUCAUCAUGAAGCCUCCAGUACGGAAGCUGGUUCAUGAUAAGGAGGUAAACGCAGAGGACGAGCAGGUUUUCCUUAUGAAGCAACAGUCUUUGCUGGCCAAGCAGCCGGCCACACCAACAAGAGGAGCAACAGAAUCUCCUGGACGGACUGCUUCUGGCUCUCCUCGACCCACUGGCCGUACAGGCUGUACCAAUGUGGCCAGCGUCUCGCCAAUGACCGCGGUCAAGAAACCUGACCCCAACAUGAAGGGAGCAGCAGCAAAUGAGGGAGUGCUGGCCAACUUCUUUAACAGCCUUUUGAGUAAAAAGACUGGGUCCCCUGGGAGUCCAGGCACCGGAGCUGCAGGAGCAGGAUCUCCAGGAUCUGUCAAGAAAACAGGGCAGAAGCCGGUUUUGACUGACGUCCAGGCAGAGUUGGAUAGAAUGACUCGCAAACCGGACUCCAUGGUUACAGCUAACAACACACCAACAGAGAAUGAAGUGUGAACGCAACAACAGCAUUGUCCACUGCAAAUACUGGAAAACCAACACACAAGCAUAAAAAAACUAAGACCAAAUUCCCAAUGUGUAUAUCAGUCAGCAGACAGUAGUUUUGCCAAAUGAGUUUGAGAUGCUAUCAGAUAUAUUGGUUGUUUUGGUAAAAUGGAGAAAGAACGAAAGGUGGAGGUUUGGAGAAGGAAGUUGAAGACUUGGCUGUAUCUAUCCUUAUUACUUCAAUUGUAAUGUUUUUUUUGCAAGGGAUGUCGGGUUAAGUAAUGCGUGCACACUCCUUGGGAGGCAGCAAAUCCCCUGGUCUGCGAGCCCUCAGUUAGCUAGGGGAUACACCAUCUCUCACAAGCUUAGAGUGGAAAAGUGCUGUGGCCUCUUGUUCAGCUAAUAUUAUGGAAGGAAAGCAGUUGUGAUAAGAACAAUUAAACCCUAAAUAUAUUCAUUAAAAAAAUGAAAUACUUGCAAGUGUAUGUAGUAUGUAAAAAAAGGUUAGAUAUGAUACUGAUGUAUUUAUAUAUAAAAAAUCAUUAUUUUAUUUUUUUCUGCACUGUUUGUGAUUAGAAAGGGUUUAGAUAGCUAUAUCUCAUAACAUGUUAAACUCCACUGACGUCAUGACACUAAUGUGACAUACAGAUAGCUGAAAGCAAACAGUGGCAUCUGCCCACAAAAUGACAGGUCCAACUCGUCAUCUUUAAGGAUUCUGUAAAUAUCAGCGAAAUUGCAAUUCAAGCUUUGGUUUUAUUUUGUACAAAAUGCAAUUAUUUUACAAAAUUAUGAAGAAAUGUCUGGGAUAAAUUGAGCACUGUUGGGAUUGGCAAGUGUAGAGUUUUCAAGGAAUGCUCUUUUGCCUAGAGGUGUUUUGGGGGCAGCAUCUUUCCUACUAUAACUCCCAAGUGCCUGGCUCAGUAACUGUUUGUGUCAUAGAGCUGCUUGUCUACUUAAAGAGGAAAUGCACUGUAGCACCAACGGUAAAAUGUUGUCCAGUUCGGUCAUUCAAGUAAUUCAUUUUUUUUGUAUAACAAGUCUGGUCUUUGCAUAAGGUUUCAAAAGAAAUGUAGCUUACUUCUGUGGCCUAGAUGGCAUUGUUCACUUGAGCAAUAAUGAGAAUGCCUUUCAUUUUAUAAACUGUAAAGGUAUCUAGAUGCACAUUUUUAGAAGUAACCACAAGUUUAGAGUUUGUGUCCCCCAGAUGAACACUUGUGUGGUUUAAACCACUCACUUGUGCGGCCAAAGCAUUUGGAAAUCAAUUACUACGGAUUUAAUAAAAUGGGUUAUCCUUAAAAAGGAAAUUUAGCUCUGUUACUUUUCAGUUUCAAAUGUUUUAUACAAGCUAUAUGGCAGGUCAGGUUAAACAUUCCCGAUUUCUACAUGAUGUAGAAAUCGUGGCCCAGUAGGAAAUUGCAUUGUCCACAGAUCUUUUGUGUGAUCUUCAGUGCCCAUUUACAAUGUUGGCUUUUUGCCUUCAGUGUGUAUACACAGUUCACAAUUUGUCCAUCUGUGCACCCUGCCUUCACUCAGUGUAGAUCUUAGUCAAUAUUAUUAGCCUUUGCUUGUGUCCUUGUAGGUUUUUAAAUUGUCCUAGUUCUGCCAAUGUUUUUUGUAAACUUUUGAACAAUUACAUCCAAUCUAAUACUGUACCAUAUCAAAUUAUUUGUAAAAAUCGUACGAUUAUUUGAUCGCAAUGAAAUAACUAAAUGAUCACCUUCAAAUCUACAUACAGUCUAGCUAUGGUUAAUUUGCAGAUCAGCAAUUGUAACAUGGAUUUAAUAAACUGUAAGAGCAG